GAGACCUGGGCUGCUCUCCCUGAUUCCUAGGCUCCCGCCCCUGGGUGUCUUCCCCUAGUGCCAGCCUGGUCAGCCCCUAAUAUCAGCCCCGCGUGGGCCGAAAUUGUGGGCGAUGGCGGUGACGAUGCUGCAGGACUGGUGCAGGUGGAUGGGCGUCAACGCUCGCAGGGGCCUGCUCAUCCUGGGCAUCCCGGAGGACUGUGAUGAAGCUGAAUUCCAAGAGUCCUUGGAGGCUGCCCUGUGGCCUAUGGGCCACUUUACCGUACUGGGCAAAGUGUUUCGCGAGGAGGAUAACGCCACUGCGGCCCUGGUCGAGCUCGACCGGGAAGUCAACUAUGCUUUGGUCCCUAGGGAAAUCCCAGGCACCGGGGGCCCCUGGAACGUGGUCUUUGUGCCCCGUUGCUCAGGCGAGGAGUUUCUCGGUCGCGUGCUCCACUUCCUGGAGCAACAGGGGCAGACAGUGGAAAGCGUGGCCGGUGCCCUGGGUCUGGGGCUGCGCAGGGUGUGCUGGCUCCGAUCUGUCAGUCAGGCGAUCCAGCCCUGGGUGGAAACCGUGAGGUACCAGCGCCUGGGCGUGUUUUCCGGGAGGGACCAGCCAGCCCCUGGGGAGGAGUCCUUUGAGGCCUGGCUAGACCACACCACUGACAUGCUGCAUGUGUGGCAGGGGGUCUCUGAAAGGGAGAGGAGGAGGAGGCUGAUCGAAGGCUUGAGAGGGACUGCCCUGCAGCUCGUGCAUGGGCUCCUGGCGGAGAAUCCCGCCAGGACUGCGCAGGACUGCCUGGCGGCCCUGAUCCAGGUGUUUGGAGACAACGAGUCCCAGGCCACCAUCCGGGUGAAGUGUUUGACUGCUCAGCAGCGGUCAGGCGAGCGUCUCUCCACCUUUGUGUUGCGGCUGGAAGUCCUGUUGCAGAAAGCCAUCGAGAAGGGGGCCCUGGCCAGGGCCUCCGCUGACCACGUGCGCCUGAGGCAGGUGCUCACCAGGGCCAACCUGAUCGAGCCUCUGGAUGAAGCCCUGAGGAAGCUGAGAAUGGUUGGGAGGUCUCCCACAUUCCUGGAAAUGCUGGGGCUAGUUCGCGAGUCUGAGGCAUGGGAGGCCAGUCUAGCCCGGAGCGUGAGGGCCCCGGCAGAGGAAGGGGCUGGUGCCCCCGCUGAUGCCCAGGCGGAUGCCAGGGCCAAUGCUAAUGCAGAGGAUGAGAAGGUGGAGAAGGAAGAAGAGGAGGUGGACCAACAGCAGCAGGAAGAGGUGGUGGUGGAGGAGGAGCAGGAGGAGGAGGAGGAGGGGCAAAGGGAAGACCAAGGCAAUGAUCAUGCUCCUGCGGGCCCAGGCCAGGCAGGACCCACUGAGGCCCCAGGAGGCCCCGCCCCAGCUCAGAUGGGCAGUGCUUCUGAUGCCAGCCCAGGAGGGCCUGGUUGUGGGCCAGAGAGCCUGGCCCAGGCAGAACAGCAGGAAGCUGAGGAGCCCCUGCUGGAGGGGCUCAAGGACAUCCCAGAGGAGUCAGGAAAUGAGGAUGGGGCUGGGGAGACUGGCCACCCCGAGUCUGCCCCAGGUGAAUAG